GUUGCUCAACUUCAGGAGCAAGUGAGAGAGAACACAAACUACCAUACAAAAUCAGGGAAAAAAAAUUGUUUGCUAGAGAGGAAAAGAAAAUAAAUAGUGAUGGCACAGGCACAACCUGAAGAAGAAAUGUCUAAAGAAAAAGAAAUGAAAGAAACAACCAGACCCAAAAAUGAUAGGGGUCCCGUGUCCUUUAAAUUCAACGCACAGGCACCUGAGUUUUUGCCAAGAUCACAUUCCACUGCAACCCAAAUGCCUAUAUCAGGUUAUUUUUAUCCUUACUUUAAUUAUCUUGGUGCCACUGCUGCUGGAGGGUCUGACUGGUUCUUUGUUGGGAACCAAGACCAUGCUGCCUAUUUGAUCUCUAAUAAUCCAAAUCUUGCUGCAAUGCCUAAUGGCCCCACCAAGAAUAGCGAUGUUCUCACUGACGAUCUUCAAAAAAAGAUCAUCAAACAGGUGGAGUACCAAUUCAGUGACAUGAGUCUUCUUGCUAACGAAUCGAUGUCGAAACACAUUAAUAAAGAUCCUGAAGGCUAUGUGCCAAUAUCUGUUAUUGCUUCAACUAAGAAAAUGCGGUCCCUUGUUAUCGAUAACGAUUCGCUUGCUCAAGCACUCAAGUCUUCAUCAAAACUUUCCCUGACUGAAGAUGGCAAGAAGGUCAAACGUAAAAUCCCUUUCACUGAUAAAGAUAGAGAAGAAUUGCAGUCUCGUAUUGUUGUUGUGGAGAAUUUGCCAGAAGAUCAUUCUCAUCAAAAUGUCCAGAAGAUUUUCAGCGUGGUUGGAAGUGUGAAAACCAUCAGAAUAUGCCAUCCUCAUGAAUCCAAUUCUUCCGGGGCUAAAAAUGACUUCUUUGUAACCAAUAAGCUGCACGCACUUGUGGAACUUGAAACCCGAAAAAUAGCUGAGAAAGCGGCUGAAAAGUUGAAUGAUGAAAGGAACUGGAGGAAAGGCCUUAGAGUAAGGUUGCUGCUUCGAUGCUCGCCAAAAUCUGUUCUCCCCAGGGGCAGAAGGUCCGAAUUUGAUAUUUGGGACGAGGAAGAUUCACCUCAUUAUGAAUCAACUGUAGAUACCAGCUUCAAACCAAACAAUUCAGAAUCCGUCACAGAGAGUCAUGCUGAAGAUAGUUCAGGAGCAUCAAAGAAGGCAUGGGCGGCAAAAGGCCAUGGCAAGGGCAAAGGCCGUGGUCAAAUCAAUUGUAGCAGAGGUCUGCUUGCUCCUGUAAAAUGUGCCAGCAUCCCUCAACGUGAAGCAUCUGCUAAACAUGCUUCCAAGAGUCCAAGAAUGCCUGAUGGGACCAAAGGUUUCACUGUGGGUCGAGGCAAGCCAUUGAGUACUUCAGCUCUGACCAGCUCAAUGAUGGAAUAAUGUGCAUUUUUUCCCCCUUUUUACCAAUCGGUCACUACUUUUUUGCUCUUAUAUUUUGUAGUUUUGAAGAAGCAAGAAAUUGGUUUUUGUAGAAUCUUUAGUCUGAUUUACUCUUUUCAGGCAUCACCAUGUUUCUUAAUAAUUUGAGGUGUAUAGUGUAGCAUGGCAUUGUCAUGUGAAAAAUACUGUGGCAUGAUUGCAGUGUUUUUCUUGAAUGCCAUUUUAGGUAGAAGUGUUGUUUCAGUUCCCUUUAUUCCUAUGUAAACUGUCUGAAUAAAGAAUUUGAGGGAUGCAUUCUCUCCCUCUCUCAGUAUUUUGUUA